GGUAGCAAAUCACACAUCCCUGGAACAUCAGUUCUUUGACCAAAUGACCUGACAAGAGGGAAACUGGGAAAGGGACAGAGGAACUUAGCAUAAUAGCCAGAUUAUCAGCUCCAUAAAUAUACGGGCGAAGUGAAUAAAAAAAAUGGACGGAGGUUCAGCUCAGCCGGCGGAUACGUUGAUGUCGGAGGCUGCUCCGCAGCAGCAGACCGACCAGCAACCGCCGCCGCCGCCGCCACAGAUGAUGGGGAUCGACAAUAUUCCGGCGACGCUCAGCCACGGCGGCAGAUUCAUCCAAUACAACAUCUUCGGCAACGUAUUUGAGAUCACCGCCAAGUACAAGCCCCCCAUCAUGCCUAUUGGCAAAGGCGCCUAUGGUAUCGUCUGUUCUGCUUUGAAUUCGGAAACAAACGAGCACGUAGCACUGAAGAAAAUUGCGAAUGCAUUUGAUAACAGAAUUGAUGCCAAGAGGACUCUUCGUGAGAUUAAGCUGCUUCGCCACAUGGAUCACGAGAAUAUUGUUGGAAUAAGAGAUAUAAUACCACCACCGCAAAGAGAGUCAUUCAAUGAUGUAUAUAUUGCAUAUGAGCUUAUGGACACUGAUCUCCAUCAAAUUAUUCGCUCCAAUCAAGGCUUGUCAGAGGAACACUGUCAGUAUUUCUUGUAUCAGAUUCUCCGUGGGUUGAAAUAUAUACACUCUGCAAAUGUUUUGCAUAGAGACUUGAAGCCUAGCAAUCUUCUGUUAAACGCCAAUUGUGAUCUGAAGAUAUGUGAUUUUGGAUUAGCUCGUGUCACUUCUGAAACAGAUUUUAUGACUGAAUAUGUAGUAACAAGAUGGUAUCGGGCACCUGAGCUGUUGUUAAAUUCUUCUGACUAUACUGCCGCAAUUGAUGUAUGGUCAGUAGGCUGCAUUUUUAUGGAAUUGAUGGAUCGGAAGCCCUUGUUCCCUGGCAGAGAUCACGUGCACCAGUUACGUCUGCUUAUGGAGCUGAUCGGUACUCCUUCAGAAGCUGAAAUGGAGUUCUUAAAUGACAAUGCAAAAAGAUAUAUCCGUCAACUUCCUCUAUACCGUCGCCAGUCAUUUACUGAAAAAUUUCCCCAUGUGCACCCUGCUGCUAUUGAUCUUGUUGAGAAAAUGUUGACAUUUGAUCCUAGAAAAAGAAUAACAGUUGAAAAUGCACUUGCACAUCCCUACCUAACGUCUCUGCACGACAUUAGCGAUGAACCUUCAUGCUUGAAUCCUUUUAGCUUCGACUUCGAGCAGCAUGCCCUCACCGAGGAACAAAUGAAGGAGCUGAUUUACAGAGAGGCUCUUGCAUUUAAUCCCGAGUAUCUGCACAUGUGAAGAACCAAUGAUUGUAGAAUGUUUGUUGUAUUUGUAUUAUCAUGUUUUAUCCAUCUGAUCAUUAUUCUCAUCUGUGUGUAUAUAUAUGUGCACGCCAUUGCUACUGAACACCCGAGAUAGUGAUAGCUCUGGCAUUUAAACAUUCAAUCAUUAGAGAAUUUGGGUCUUAAAAAUCUGUUGUUGUAUGAAUGAGGCAGGUAAGCUAUGUAUGUGUUAUAUUUGUUGAAGUCAG